AUGAGAACCCUAAUACCAGGGGAAGAGCAACCAAAAUCGCAGACGUCAAACGAAUCACAGGGAGGGACGUCGUCCCUGCUAAGACGGCCACGAUACGACCGUGUUAGGGCGGCCUGCGAGAGGUGCCGUGUUAAAAAGUCCAAGUGCGACAAUGGCCGCCCAUGCUCUCGGUGCAAGGACGACGGUGUGUUCUGUACGACGAGUACAGGAAAGAAGAAGGAAUACAAACAACCACCCCCAGGAUAUGCUGAAAUCCUCGAAAACAAUCACUAUACACUCAUUGCAACCAUAUAUAAGCUAUACGAUAUGGUGCGUAGCAACCAAUCGUGGGACCGACAGGAACCAGACCUGAACCAAGAGGGGCAGCCAGUUAUACACACUAUUGCUCGUUUACUAGGAUGCGCCCGCCGUGUCGAUGAUACUAUUUCCGUGGGAGCAAGUCUUCCGGAGACAGAGUCCGACAUGGUAGACCUAGCUUGCCAACUGCUUCACCACCAGCGUUCCCAAGGACAAAGUCCCCCCGCGACGGAUGCAGAUGGCUCAUUACCGUCCAGUUUAGACUCCCCGCCAUAUGAACCGACAAGUCAAACGACAUUCCUGGAUACCGCAGCCUGUGUGGCUACUGUACCUACGCCAAGCUUUGCCGAAAAUUCCGAUGAGGACUCUAGGACCCCAUCCCGCAAUCUUCAAGUAAACGGCCCGUACGGCACGUGUAUUACCCCCGAAUUAUUCCUUACGGGAUCAGUAUUCCAGGACUGGGGCGCCGGGUUGGAGCCUUGCAACAUAGAACAGUAUGGUGCUCGAGAGAUUUUUGAUGACGAUUCCAUGUCACAAGGCGAUCCUAUCGAGUGGCAAAGCUUUCUGCUUUCUCUGUUGAGUUAA